GCGACACUUACCUAACAGCACCACCACUGUAACUGAGUCACAAACAAAAAUCAGGUGUUCGAUUCAAACAGAAUAGCCGAUAACUGGUCAUACCGAGGAGGAAUACGUUCUCUACUAAACUUUCCUUCCUUAAAAAGUUCACUUUCUCAUUCCUCUCUCAAUCACCCCCUCCUUCGGUCUUUGUCCCUACAUCUCUCUCUGAAACUCCGUCUUCAUUCUCUCUAGAAAAAUGGAAGGUGUUGUAAUCAAUGGUGUAAACCCUAGUAGUAAUAGACGUCCAAGGAUCAUGGUAACUAAUGACGACGGAAUCGAUGCACCUGGUUUACGUGCCCUCGUUCAGGUUUUAGUUUCUACCAAUCGUUACGAGGUAUUGGUUUGCGCUCCUGACUCGGAAAAAUCCGCCGUUAGUCAUUGUAUUACUUGGCAGCAUGCGCUCUCUGUCAAACGAGUACAAAUUGAAGGAGCAACAGCAUUUGCAGUUUGCGGAACUCCAGCUGACAGUGCUUCUAUUGGUGUUUCCCAAAUGCUCUUUCCAGAAGUUCCUGAUCUGGUUGUCAGUGGCAUCAACAAGGGUAGCAACUGCGGUUAUCACAUUGUUUACUCGGGGACUGUAGCUGGUGCUCGAGAAGCCUUCUUUCUUGGUGUACCUUCUUUAGCUAUGUCCUAUGAUUGGGUUGGAGGAAAGAGUAGUGAUGAUGACUACAAACUAGGUGCCGAGGCAUGUCUGCCCAUAAUAAACGCAGUGCUAACUGAGAUAAAGAAUGGAACUUAUUUUCAAAGAUGCUUUCUAAAUAUUGAUAUCCCAACAGAUGUUGUGCAUCAUAAGGGUUAUAAGGCAACGAGACAGGGUAAAAGUAUUGUGAAGAUUGGUUGGAGACAAGUUGUUUCAGAAUCACAAGGAGGAAACAUGUUAUCAACAAUGACCAUGGAGAAUAAUUCGACCGCAGGGGAGGGACCAAAAGUCUCCUCAACUCCGUCAGAAGAAAAUCUUCUAUUCAAGAAACAGGUAAAGGGGUUACAGUUUGAUGGAGAAGAUGUGGACUUCCAAGCUCUGCAAGAAGGAUAUAUAACGGUCACUCCUCUCGAUGCCCUCUCUCGCGCAGAUGCUGACUGUGAGAACCACUUAAAGAAUUGGCUACCCAAUGUAACCGAUCAUUCAUCCCCAUCAGCAUUAUAGAGUAGCUUCUAUGGCGCUGGUGGUCAUUGAGCUCUAAGGUCGUGGUGUAUGUUUAUCGGUUAUGUAUAUCUUAUAAAUUUUAUGUAUCAUUCUUAGCCCUGUAUUUUAUUGUGGGGGUAUAUAAUGAUAAACUUGGAACAAUUCAUACAACUGUUUCAAAUACUUACCUGAAUUCUAAUGCUUGUCUUAGUUGAAUAAAAAACUGAUGGAUCAGAUUGUACUUUGGAAUCCUUGUCAAUUACUCAUGAAAUGUCAUUGGAUCUAUUUAUGUGGC